AUGACAGGCAGGCCAGAGGCCAAGAUCGUAGCAAUUGGUUCAGUUGCUAUCUUGAGCUCUCUGCUCAUGACUGUUUGCUCUGCACCACUGGAGAAGAGAAGCGCUCAUUCAGUGAACUGCUCAAGAAUUGGAUUUCCAAAUAUUCCGUGCGCCGUGACACCAUACACUGAGAUCCUGGACCUGUCCCACAACCAAAUGACAAGAAUCCAACAGCAAUAUUUCAAAACACUUUCCAAACUGAAAAGGCUGAUUCUUUCAUUCAACAAGAUCGCUGCUAUAGAACCUGGAGCAUUUGCAAAUAACUCAGAGCUGCAGCACCUCGACCUUUCGAAUAAUUCUUUGCACGAUAUUGCAAUUUUGCCAUUUAAUCACCUCAAGUCGUUGACCUACCUAGAUAUCUCCAACAACUUGUAUGACACAAUUUAUCUGGGAGUUGAGAUUAAGGAGCUGAAGAAACUAGAGACUCUAAUGCUUGGAACCCCUUCAGUUUCCUUCUUGAAGGUAGGAUCUCUCUCAAUGCUUCGUGGACUCCCACUACAGAAGGUCCAUCUGAUCACUCAAGACCUGGAAGAGUAUGAACCUGGGACACUUACUGCUCUGGAGAAUUUAAGAGAUCUUAUUUUAGAUUUGCACAUCGAGAAGAAACCAGAUAUACUUACCCAGAUAUUAAAUGAUCUACCAAACACAACCACCACAUUGGAAAUCAUAAAUUACAAUUUAGCCAAAUACAGGACCAGUAUGGAAUUAUUCACCCCCUUAAAAAAAUUAAAUCUGUCGACUCUUAGCCUAAAUCACAUCACUCUCGAUGACCGGAUAACAAUUAAUUUGUUUGAAAACGUUUUAAGAUCAACUAUAGUGGAAAUGCAUUUGUCCAACAUCAACAUCGACAGCAUUGGCAAAUGGGAUAUUGAAAUAAUCUCAUCCCAGCAGAUCAAUUUGCAUAAAAUUUAUAUCAACAACAUUGUCAAUCCAAACUUCUUCAAAUUUUACUCGCUCAAAUACAUUCAGAACCUGUUCCAACAGCUGACAAAGUUGAGUGUCAUAAAUGGAAGCAUGUACUACAUCCCGUGUGGGGUAUCGGAAAAGCUGAUCAAUUUAAAGUACUUAGAUGUUUCUUUCAACUUACUCCAAGAAUUCAGCUUCAUCCCAAAAUGUUCGAAUCCGUUCCCUGGCCUAACCUCGCUCGUACUCAAUGACAACAAAUUUUCACACCUACGACAGCUCAGUGUGAUGACAUUCCAGAUGCGGAACUUGACCCGUUUAAUCGCAACUUCUAAUUCCCUUCAAUUACCUGGAGAAGGGAUGUGCAGUUGGUCUCGGAGUUUAAGGCACAUCAAUUUCUCGCACAAUAAACUUUUAGCAAAUGUGUUCAGCUGCCUACCGUCCUCGCUAGAAUCGGUAGACUUAAGCUACAACGCCAUCAGCACAGUGCCAAACCUUGAGAAGAUGAGCAACCUGCGAGAAAUCAUUUUGACAGGGAAUGCUAUAUCAUUUCUUCCUGAAUUCGCAGCAGGCCACCCCGUAAGAGUCUUGUCCAUCGACCGCAAUGCGAUUAAUACCAUCGACGUAGACUUGCUGCGGUCCAUGAAUCAAAUCCAGUUGAAAUUAGGCAACAACCCUUUUCGGUGCUCCUGCGCAAUUCAGUCAGUCAUUGAUUAUAUUGAGCAUUCGCACAUUGAGAUCAUUGACUGGCCGGCAGACUAUCGAUGUGCCAGUCCGCUAAACAUUCAAGGUCAAGUCAUCAAAGACCUGAAAUUUUCAACAGUCGAGUGUAACAUUCCUCUAUUUGUUGGAGUCCUUUUGGCCUGCAUAGCACUUGUAGUAGCCUUGUGCGUUAUCCUGUGCAUUAAGUACAAGGUCACCUGGUACAUCCACACACUCUGGCUUUGGGUCAAUGCAAAAAGGCAUCCAGAUGACCUCAUGGAAGGGAAUUUCGAGUAUCAUGCCUUUAUUUCAUAUAGUGAGCGCGACUCUGACUGGGUAAAGAAUAAAAUGCUGCCACAGCUGGAAACCAAUAACCCGCCAUUCCACAUCUGUAUCCACGAAAGAGACUUCAGGCCUGGGAAGUCGAUCAUCGCCAACAUAAUCGAUUGCAUAUCAAAGAGUUACAAAACCAUAUUUGUCCUGUCAAAGAGCUUUGUGCAGAGCGAGUGGUGCCACUACGAAUUAUUUUUUGCGCACAAUCAGAUACUUGACAAAAAGAAAGACUCUCUCAUCCUGCUCCUCCUUGAACCCAUUCCUGCGAAAUCCAUUCCCGAUCGAUUCUGCAAACUGAGGAAGCUGAUGAACAGGAAAACCUACUUGGAGUGGCCGCAGGGCGAGUUCCAGCAGAACUUCUUUUGGAAGCGACUGAAAGCCAUUCUGAACACAAAUUUCCAGCCACAAUGUUUGCAAAAUAAUCCGGGCAAUGAAUAA